AUGAGGUCGGGGGAGGGCGAAGGCUCGGAGCUGGCGGAGUUCGGAGCUCGCUGGCCGCCGCCCUACACCCAGGGCUACGGCUGGCGCUCCGCCACGCCACAGCACCCGCCCGCUCACCACCUCGCGAGACAUUCGCGUUCACAGCAGGACAACCGGCAUACUAGCUACGAGGCGGAGGACGCUCGCGCCAGAGCGCGCGGCGGCGUCUACUAUUCACCGCCGGGCACAUCCUAUACUAUUGUUGAACGACCGGCCUCCUCACAUGGCCACCACACACCAUACUCUCAACACCACUACUCGGGGAAACUGUCAAGAACACCAUACCUCGGUUCUACUACUAUAGCAAACACUGCAGGGGCUACUAGUUUAAGGAACAGUACGAAUCAUUUAAGCGCCAACGGUAAGAAACGGCCAAUAUCUCCGGAGCAGGUGCUUCGUUUGUUCGGCCAGGGCGGGGCGGCUGCGUUAGGCAAGGCUCUACCGCCGUCACAUCCGCCUGCACCGCUACCUGCACAGUUACCUGCACCCUUACCGACUAGGAGGCACUCACCUGCUAGCAGCCCUAGCAGUACAACACACCAUGCAAUAUAUCGUGGCGGGGAGAGGGAGCGUCCGUAUUCAUCAGGUGGGGCGCCGCCGCCGCCGGAGCCAGCCACGAGGACCGUCACCAUGAGCAGGGACCCCGCAGACUCGCAUGGCUUCGGCAUCUGCGUCAAGGGGGGAAAGGAAGCUGGUGUGGGUGUGUAUAUAUCGAGAGUGGAGGAAGGCUCUGUAGCUGAGAGAGCAGGCUUACGACCCGGAGAUUCUAUUCUCCAAGUCAAUGGGACGCCCUUCUCUGGAAUAUCACAUGAGGAUGCACUUAAGAUGCUUAAGUCGUGUCGUCAGCUAACUAUGGUGGUUAGAACGGCUGGUGCGUUAGUUGGUAGGGCUUCCUGUUCAUGGAUGGAUCGAUACGGCAGACCAGCCUCGCCGCCACCACAACGACCGCUGAGAUCUGCAAGCAAGGAUCGCUCUAUACGAAGGGUGGAUUUGUGUAUCGAGCCAGGACAGUCACUUGGGCUGAUGAUUCGUGGAGGUUUGGAGUACAACCUUGGGAUAUACAUCACAGGGGUUGACAAGGAUUCUGUAGCUGACCGAGCUGGACUUAUGGUCGGGGACCAGAUCUUGGAAGUGAAUGGGCAAUCAUUCGUAGACGUGACUCACGACGAGGCAGUUGCCCAGCUGAAGUAUCAUAAACGAAUGUCUUUGCUUGUGAGAGAUGUUGGGAAAGUUCCCCACGCUUGUACUGCUUAUGGAGAACGAGAUGCAGCCCCUAGAAUAAGCGGCUGGGGUAAAAGAAGAGGUGCGGCUGCAACAGCGGUCGAACAGAAGGCAAAGUCGCUGUUACCUCAAAGCGACCUGCCAGCCCUAGCGUAUUACAUGGAGGAAUACGCCAAUAGAAGACUCACGGCUGACGCAUUCCUCACAGUUUUAAGAGACUUACUCGACACACCCCAAAAAUAUUCCCUUCUGACGGAAAUCCGUGAGUUUUUACUUCCUGAGGACCGGCCUCGUUUCGAUGAGCUCGUGUAUAGACGCCCUGAAGACGGUACAGAACACCAUGUGAAGCGAAGUGGCGAACGACACAUGCUGCCGUCGUCAACCAUGCACGACCUACACGACCCGGAGGUGCCGGCUGAAGUGCCCCUCGUUGUGGAUCACCGCUCGCCCUCCGAGGACUCCGGCUUGGGCCUCCCGCCUCAUGACCAGGCUUACAGGAGCGGGCGCGCGUGGUGCCCUGGGGACCCUGCGCCCCCACCGCCCAAGCCGCCGGACGAAGACCUGGAGCCUCCGCCCGAGGAGUACCAGGAGGAGGGAAGGCGUUCCAGAAGACAUUCUUCACCAUGUAAUUCGAGAGAGGGCAGCACUACCGCUCUCCACACACAACACUACGACGAUGCUGACCAGUGCGGGUAUCUCGAGGGACUGCGCUCAUCACUCGGUGGCUGGACGCAGAAAGUUAAAUCAUGGUACUGGGGACGACCUCUAGAAUUGGCCCACAAGUUGUCGCGUAGCUUCGACAUGAAAGAAGAAGGUGGUGCUUUACUUGAGGAUCGAGGUGGGAUCCGCAGGCACCAGUCCAUGCAGCGCCUGCAACAUGGCGAUGCCCAGAUGGACGAAGGCAGGGCCGCGAGGGUUGUCCCGGACCACCAUGGAAACCUACACAUCACUGUCAAGAAGACCAAGCCGAUCCUUGGCAUCGCUAUCGAGGGCGGCGCCAAUACUAAGCAUCCACUACCCAGAAUAAUCAAUAUUCACGAGCAUGGCUCAGCGUAUGAAGCUGGGGGACUGGAAGUGGGACAAUUGAUACUGGCGGUGGAUGGGCAUAGAGUCGAGGGCAUGCAACAUCAAGAAGUCGCUCGACUUAUUGCAGAAUCUUUUGCGCAACGAGAUAAGCCAGAGAUUGAGUUCUUGGUUGUAGAAGCGAAGAAGUCAAAUCUGGAACCAAAGCCAACUGCGCUAAUUUUCUUGGAGGCCUAA